GGCGGCCGGCGGAUGGCGGCGGUAGGGCGGGGAUGGAGGGCAGCGAGGCGGGCGGCGGUGGCGGCGGGGGGCUCCUGCAGCAGAUCCUCAGCCUCCGCUUGGUGCCCCGCGUUGGUAACGGCACCACCACUUACUCCAGCCCGCUUUCCACCUUCCCAGGUACCGUCUGGGCUGCGGGGCCCUCCCGCCGCCUCCGCCGGGGCCUGCGGGCCCCCAGCCCGCCUCACGGCCCUUCUCUCCACAGAGAUGUGGUACGGCGUCUUCCUGUGGGCCCUCGUCUCCUCCCUCUCCUUCCACGUCCCGGCUGCUCUGCUAGCGCUCUUCACGCUCAGGCACCACAAGUACGGCAGGUUCAUGUCCGUGAGCCUCCUGCUGAUGGGCAUCGUGGGACCCAUUACCGCCGGCAUUCUAACAAGUGCUGCCAUUGCUGGGGUUUACAGAGCUGCAGGGAAAAAAAUGAUUCCCUUUGAAGCCCUCAUUUUAGGAGUGGGCCAGACGUUCUGCGUGGUGGUGGUUUCGUUUCUACGGAUUUUAGCCACUCUUUAGCUCUUCUUCAGACGCCAGAGAUCACAAAUCAAAGGAAGGGCAGAGGAUCUGUGGCCCGUGCCGGCUCCGAAACAAAUCCCCAGGGAGCACAGCUCGAGGUAUGCCUCGGCGUGUGCAUCCUCCACUGGUUAAAGGCUACACGAAGGCCUGCUCCUACCUCCAACCUGGCUUGAAAUUAAGCUAAAAAUUGUGAAUUUUGUUACUUUUUGGUAACAUUAAGUGCCAAGUGAAGCUUUAUUUCUCUGGAGGAUAGGAAAAUGGAUUCCAGAGGAGGCGGCCCAGGAACCUUUUACCAGUGAUGAAUUGUAGCAACAGGAUGCAACUAAAAUGUGACACCUGCUCUUCUGGGGUAGAAACAGUACUACAGAGUGAUGCGGUGUCUUCAGAGCUCACUUAAUGCUUUGACCUCUUGCUGCUUUGUUCGCAGUGACCCUGAAGCUCUUUUAAUGUGAACUUUUAAAAUGAGAAAAUGAAUUUGUUUUCUUCCUGGCCCCAGCUUCCUCAUACCAGGUCUUGGUCAGAGUGAAUUUGGGAGCAGUAAAAGGAAAAAUCAUUUUAGCCAGAUGAAAGUGCAAAUCUGUGGCCAAGAGCUGUGACUAUGAAUGCUGCCACAGGAGACAUAACUGCUGUAAAAAGGAUUGCUGUUUUUACAAAUUUUAUUAUGGUGAAGCUCUUCUGGCACUGUGUACCUUCUACCCGAGAGGCCACGCACCGCUGAGCAGGCGCUACGCCCCACUGCCCACGCUAGAAACCCCAGGGCACCUGCGCCAGCGUGCGCUGUUCCUUCUGAGGCUCUGAAGGAGACUCUUUUUUUUUUUUUUUAAGCUCCUCCGUUCUCCUUUUACUUGCUGAUCAUGUUUACAUUGGUGUGGCGGGAUUGGGCGUCUUCGCUGACACGUAAACGUCACCGGCCAGCUUAUAUAAAAAUUCAGCACGCCGCUGCUUGGGUGACUGCUCCGGUGAGAACUGCACGGCUGGCACCGGGCUGUGGUGACUCAGGGCUUCCCCAGAGGUGGGGAGCACGCCACGUUUUCGGCAGCCAGCCCGCAGUGUGCCACGGGUGGGAUGGGUGCGAGGGUCCCGGGAAGAGCCUGGGUGAUUCCUGCAUCCCUCAGGGAUCAGCCAUGUGAACACAGCCCCGAACCAACCCUUACCAGCAGGUGUAUGCUCUCCUCUAAUGAAUUGUUCUAGUGUGUUUUGUUUUAAGUGACUUUUAACUAAUUCUUAGGCAUGCCGCGUGGCUGGGGGCUCUCAGGGAGCUAGCUGGGUGCUUUCAGGGGGCUUGUUUUUUUUGGGGAAGCUGAGGCUGAAUCCCAAGGAUGUGGCUGGGUGGCGUAGCCAGCCCCGUGGAUUUGCUGUGGUCCUGGAUUAUUACCAGCUGACACUCGAGUGGGCUGCCCAGGGAAGGCACUAACUGUCUCCAGCCUCCCAGGACACACGUUCCACCUGUGGUUUUGCUGAACUCUGGUUUUCCAAACCAGCUCGCCUUUUGUACCUGCAGCAGUUCAUAAGGCCAGCUAUCGUCCAUGAACCCCCUGUCCUCUAUGCUGAAACAACCCUCAACAGAGCCCUGUGUUUAUCACGAAAACAAAUUUCUCUCUAUGUACUAAUUUAUCCGGAGUGGUCUGUUGACAGCUGAUGGAGAGAGGUGUUUUGCAGGAGCGACUUACUGAGAUUAUUCUACGUUUUUAGCCCAUGUUAAUCCAGGGUAUAAAGCUGUGCAUUUUAGGAAAGACUUUAAUAUGAAUCCUUCUCCGUAGGUGGGUGAGGUCCAGGCAGUAUAACCUAUACUGAACCGUGGAUCUUUAGAGUGCGCCGUGUGCUGUGCUGCUUGUAGAGAGCUGGUCUUCCUACCGCGGCAUCCCCCGGGGGAAUGUUGGGCCUCUCCUUCCCUCUUUGCUUCUGCCCCCACUGAAAAGCAGAAAUAAUGAGCUCUCUAGUUGUCUUUCUCCCUUCCUACUUCUUAUUCCAAAUGGCUGCAUACAUGGUGCGUGUCCAGUGUGCCUGGUCUAGUUCACAGGAAUUAUCCUGCAUUUUCCUGGAUGGAUUCAAAGUCUCUGGGCAGGUCUGGCCUUACCUUUCAGGUGACGCUAGAAAAAAGUGUCUGGGCAUGUGCUGUGCUCCCCUUUCCCCUGCCCCAGUGCCUGGCAUCCCUCGGUAGCAAGGACUAUGCUGAUUGCAAUUGGGAAAGCACUUUAUCAGUGUGCCACAUGCUACGGCACAAGGCUGGUUCCUCGGCAGUAAUGAGGCAUGCAGGACACAAAUCCGAGCUGUUGAGAGCUCAGAACAAAGUCAAAAAAAAAAUGCUUGAUAAAAUCACUUGCUGCUGGAUGAACUGAAAACCUCCUGUUUUCUGCCCGUUGUGAUCUCCCAAAGUCUGUUUGGGGUGGGGGGUCUGCUUUACUUGAAGAGUUGGCAGCUUGGCCACUGUUUGGAAGUUGACUGCUUGGAGCUGGUGGUGCCUCUCUGUGCCCAGGCGCUGUGAAAUUUCCAGGGAAUUCUUGCAGAAAAGGUGAACCAUCAGCUGCUGGCUUGUCUUGACGGGUGUUAGCGCUGGGGGCGAGUUCUUUGUGUCACCUCAGUACUCGCAGAGCAUCCUCUGCUCCCCUGCCUGCCUCCCCGACCUCCCUCUCCAGUAAAACCAGAUCCAGAUGGGAAGGAGGAGUAGUCUUGAGCUGAUGCACCGGCUCAGUCCCUGCUGGCAGUUUCCUCCCCUCUCACCGCAGCGGUUUGGUCUCCCCGUUCUGUUCCUUAUCCUGGGCGAGCCCAGCAGAGGAAUCCUUUCAGUUUUCAGCCGGGCAUCAGUAGACUUUGCUGGGUGAAACUUGCCAAAAGCUGCAAAGAGCUUGCAAAAAGGUCGCUGCUGGGGUGGGCAGGGCUGGGAACCCUGGGCCAGGGAGCCCAGCCGGGAGCUUUGGUGAAGGAAACACCUUGCGGAGAAGCCGCCUGCCCUGGAGGAACAUCACUGCUCGAGCUGAGACUCACGGUCCUGUUUUCUGUGUGCAAACACCCUCUGUGCUGGGCUGAUUUAGAUACCACCCGGCUUCCUAGCUCGCUAACGACUGCGGCUGUCUCGAACAAAUCUUUGUAUGAUAGAAAACUCUGUAAAUUUUAUUUUUCUACUGACGCUUCUAAUCCUGGUGGUGAUUAUCAGUAAAUCCUGUAACGAUCAA